AUGUGCAACAAGAUUGAUAACAAUGUGACGAUUUUUAGAUGCAUCAAGGCUUUGGUAAGCGUGCAAUCUUCCGCGCAGCGGCCGAGUGUAGAUCAAAAUUCCGCGAAUGCGGCCGAGCGCGGAAGCGCGAGUGUAACCUGAGCAAUCUUCCGCGUAGCGGCACGAGCGGAGCGAGUGUAUGUCCCUUUAAGGUGCUGUACAGCACACUAAACCAUUCUUAACCUUGCGACCCUCCUCGAGCGCCUCUGGCGCGAAUGUAACCUGAGCAAUCUUCCGCGCAAGCGGUUCGAGCGAAGCGAGUGUAUGUCCCUUCAAGAUGCUGUACAGCAUCCUCCUACUUUGUUCCUUUAAUGUAAUUUUCGCAGAAAGUCCUCUACGCGAUCGCAAUCAUCUGGCUCCUAAUCUCCAUCGCCAUCCUUGCUUCCAUCAUUUUCCUCACUCACAAAAUUCUCGACGUCGAAGAAGAAGAAUAUGAAAAACAGGGAGAAUACGCGUCGCAAAAAUUUUUCUACAAACAUUUCUAUGAUGGUGAAUAUCGCAUCGGUUAUCACGAAGCUAUCGACCCAAAAAAACGUGAAAAAGGUCGUGCGGCAUUCAAACAAAUUGCAUAUAUUUUCGCAUUCCUCGCUGCUUCUGAACCAUUCACAAUUGCGAUUUUGAUUUUCAUCGGAAAUUUCACGAAAUGCGGAUGUUUAUACAUAUUUGCAGCAAUUUUGUCGAUUCUUAAUAUCAUAGAAGAUAUUCCAUUUAUCGCUACUUUCUUUAUGGUUUCUUUCGAUUGGUGGACGGUGAUUUUUGCGAUUUCCGUGUUAUUUGGCUUGGUUUUGAAUGGAAUUACGAUUUAUUCGAUGUUUGCGGUUACUUGUUGUCAAAGAAAUCAAAUUCAAAAUGAAAAUGAAAAUCCGAAUAAGAAAGAUCUUGAGACGAAUACAGUUAGUGGAACUACAAUUUGA